GAACUGCCAUGGUCCUCACACGUGGUCUCGGAGCACAGAAAUACCUAGAAGCUCCACGACUUCCCGUUGAGUUGCUCACAGAAAUCGCGAAGCUGGUUCCAAAAUCUUCUCUAUGGGCAUUGUGUCGCACGAAUCGUGUAUUUCACGAGCUCACGGUCCGUUAUCUGUACCGGUACGUCACGAUACGCUGCACGGGCAGGAAUGCCGCAGACACAGAAGAUCUUGUUCGUCGAGCGCAGAAAUGGUGCCAGACCGUCAUGGAAAAGCCAGACAAGGCGGCUCUUGUCGAAAGUGUCACGGUUACGCAGCUUCCAAGCGACCUGAUGGAGUGGGAUCCUGCCCAGGAAACUCUCAUUGCGCUUCUCAAACGCGCAUUUGUCGUUCUUCCGAGCCUCGAGUCACUCGACAUUGACGGUGCCCUGAAUCCGAUAGUGGGGUCGCUCGGAAUUCUGGACACUCUCCGUCUGCCCUCCCUCCGUACCUUCAGAAUAGAGAUGGAAUCCGACCAAGAUCCUAACCUUGUCGACUUCCUUUCCAGCCACCCUCGCCUCAAAGAUAUUGAGCUCAUCAUCGACGGACUCGAAGACGAAGAGCUGGGAGAGGAACUUACCUUCCCCGAGCUCGAACGGUUCACUGCCCCUUUCACGUACUGGGCGGGCUUACAACCCAACCCAAACUUACGCUUUGCAGGCCUGCAUCAAGAUCGGUUCAUGGAUCUUGAUCACGAUCCUUUCGAUGUUAUCCAUCCCUUGGGGAAAUUCACGGGACUAAAGUCGGUCUGGCUCUUGAUUCCAGCAGAAAGAACACUUCCAUAUCUCAUGGAUCUCAAGGAAGAGCUACCGAUGCUCGAGGAGUUAAGCGUCGACUUUGCGAAUUGGAACGAUCAUGGCGAAGCUGUU